CUUCUGCUCCGACCUGUUCCAGACCGCGGCAAAAGUCGUCGAGCUCUCCGUCCUGCUGCACAUCCAGGGCUCCAUUUUCCGGUACGCUUGGGACCACGCCACUUCCCGGGAGGAAGCGCACCGUUGGCAAGAGAACCGGAUGCUGGAGCGGUCACCGCGAACGGUGUUGUACUUGAUUUCCGUCGCGAUCUGCGUCUAUCUGUUCGAGGAAGUCUUCCCCUUUUUCGCGGAGAAGGCGUUCAGCAGCGGGCUUGUGUUUUUCAGGUCAUGGAGGAUAUGGAAAAUGUUCACCUCUGCCGUCCAGUCCCGAAAAUUCCGGAGCUUGUUCUUCGUCCUUUUGCCGCUCCUCGCGGUGUUGUUCCUCGAUGCUCUAGUCGUGAUUCGCGGACGGUACUUCAUCCUUGGCAACGACUACAAUAAUGUGACGAAGCAGAUUCUGGGCAGCGACUCGACGAUAUUCGUCUACAUGUACGCGAUGGCGAACACCACCGUAAUUCCGUUCACCAAGCAUUUUCUGCACAAUGAGCCAAUGCUGAUGGACUAUGUGCUGGAUUUUCCGACCACGUUCGCGUUUUACCACUUGAUAAAGCUGCUGAUGGAGGAGAGGUCCACGACUGGCCCACGCAUGCAACAGGUCGUUCCUCCAGCGUCGCCGGUAGUUGUCGUGGGAACAGUAGUUGGGAUUGGCCCUGAUCAAGUUCAAAAUGGAGUGAUGGAACAGAAGCAUCAUACCCUUGUCGGAGCAGGUGACUCAUCAUCCCUCGUCCAAGCGCUCGACGCACGUGCACAAAUACCAGCACACCGCGCGUCUCCAUCAGCGGUGAAGAAGCUGGUGCACGUGUUUGCGCAGCUCACAUUUGGCAUGAACUUGAGUAACAUUUUUGUCCUGCACUACGUGGUCGGCUACGGGUUGCAGUUCCCCUUGAGAAUCAAUUUCAUUCUUUUUCCCUCCCUGUUCCUUUUUGUGGUCAUGAGUAGCGCGUUUGUGAACCUCGUCGUGUACCUUUUCGUAGAGAAACCUUGCGCGAAUUUGUCCAUGAAGCUGCUGAGCUAUCUUUGAAAAACGGUGAUGAGGAAGGUUGCUGGUUGAAGCAGCAGGUGUGAAGUGGUAGAAAGCUCAAUCUUUUCUUGAUGUUCGCAGUGUUACUGGCCAUUUUCCGAGUGGG